UUUUAGGUGUUUCUUGGAAUCAAAACUGGGACCCCCGCACACUUGUUGAGCAUUUGGGAUUCCUUUGGAGGAGAGGAUGUCUGCACCUCAUUUGCAGGAUGAUAAAGUCUUCAAAGACUUGAACGUUGUGGCAAUGCUUCAUCAGUUUUGGGAGCAGAAGCAGGUGAAGGGGGCCUCCGUCCACCCAGAGAAUCUAGUCAUCUAUGAAUCCUCCAUCUCCCCGGUGCCCCCUUUCGUCUGUUAUGUCACACUGCCAGGCGGGAGCUGCUUUGGUAAUUUUCAGGACUGUUACACCAAGGCAGAGGCGAGGCGGGAUGCUGCCCGAAUCGCCCUGAUGAACUCCAUGUUCAAUGAGCUGCCCUCACGCAGGAUCACCCCAGACUUUAUCACAAGAAGCCUCCAGGAGGCUGUGGCUACUACCAAUGGGUGUGUUGAAGAUGCCUCAGAUCCCAGCACAAGUAUCGGAUCCUACUGUCUUAUGCUCCAAUCAAAUACUGGAAAAACAAUGCUGGAAUUUCAGGAGAUCAUGACGAUGUUUCAGAUUCUGCAUUGGAAUGGGUCACUAAAGGCAUUUCGCGAAAGAAAAUGUAGCCGCCAGAACGUCAUAAACUACUACUCGCAGCACCGUCUGGACGAGUGCACACGGAGCCACAUGGUGCUGGACUGGAUUGUGCGGGAGCAGCAGGCGCCCGGCCUGGUGGCCCAGGAGCUCCAGGUGGCCCUGCAGGAGCUGGAGGAGGCCAGGCGCUCGGGCCGCGAGCUGCGCUUCUACAAGGAGAAGAAAGAGAUCCUGAGCAUCGCCCUGAGUCAGGCCUACAGCGAGCAGCUGGAGUACAGCCCUGAUGGGGACCGGUGGUCUCAUGCAGAGCCAGAUCCAGAUUAUUUCAGACAUAACAGACAACCGAGCCAGGAGAGCAGCCUGACAGAUCAAACUGAAAGCUACGAAUUCUACUCCCAAGAAAAUAUAAACGACAGAGAAUCUCUCGGUUGAUCUUCAUAUCAUAUGGAUUGGAAGGCAACUCAUCUCUGGCCAGGAUUAACAUUGACUUGUUUUUCAGAGGUUGUGGGAGCAGUUAGGAGUCUGCUUAGUGAUGUCUCAAUUAUAAUGUGAAAUGAUGGACAGUGGCUUUUGUAAUUUGUGGUCAGCAGUGUGGAGGAUGUGCAAACUAAUAGUAGCCUACUGAUAGGCCUACUAGACCACACAGAGAGAGUAUUUCCCCCAUGCCCACACUUCACUUCACACAGAGUUUGCUACAAAGAUGUUCAUGGUUGACUUAGCCUACAGGUGCCAAAGUGACACCAAAUACUUUUGUAAUAAACCAUUAUGCUGUAAUAAACCACUGUGAUAAAAAA